GGUGGUAGAUAAUAUGUACCCUUCAGGUUGUGACACCGGAUUUCUUUUAAAUUUUUAUUAAUUAUUCCGAUUAUUUUAAAUGUGAUUCGUUAAUUUUACGUUGGUUAUUAGUGAACGAUCAGAUUGGGACGUGUCGAAAAGAGAUUCGCGUUUUCGCGUUUUCGGAGAAAAACAUAACCUCUCUCGUCGGUGUAUUAACCAUUAUGUCAUUUUUAUUUAAUAAUGGACAUGCCAAGCAAUAUAUAAACAAUUUCAAACAAAUCGUACCGUUCAACAUACAAUUAUCCACAACGCAAAAGGUGGUCAUAGGAUCGGUGUCCGUAAGCGUAGCGGUGAUAGGAGUGCUCGCGAGGCUCCUACGCAGGAAAAAGAACACCCUCGACCCCUCGAAGUUGCCCAAGAACAUUUUCAACGGCAAAUUCUCGCGCUUUUCCACCGUACGGAGCCCGCACGGAGAUGUCGGCAGCGUGGCGAGCAGCAGCAGGCGCAGCGAGGCCUUCAGCCGCAGGAGCGACAGCCACAGCGCGGCCGGAGACCGUUCGACCGUCCGGCACGGGUCCGUGGCCAGCGGGAGGGCCUCGGUGGCUUCGGGGAGCGUCGUGACCGGCGGGUUGCCCGCCCCCGACGGCUUGGACACCACCAAUUUGACUCCGCAGCAACUGGGCGUUAUGGGUAUGGAAGCCCUGGAGACGUGCAUAGGCUACUGGGAGGACGCCCUAUCGGCGUACCGCGACUGCCCCUGUCCGUCGGCCGUCCUGGGGCCCGAGGAGUCGGCCUUCUGCAGGGACCUGCGCCAGCUGCUCGACUUCGCCGUCGAGCUGCAGGAGAACUCCGAGAUGCUGUUCCUCGACGAGAUGUCGGUGCUGUUCCGGUCGGAGAGCGGCGCCCGCGACGCCGCCCAGGAGGCCGACCUCUCCGGCGGCGAGAGCUUCGCCUCCGCCAGGGACGUGGUGGCCGAUCUGCGGGAGUUCGAAGAGUUCGCCGACGACUUCCCCGAAGCGGAGGCGCUGCGUUUGUACCAGACGGCGUUGCGGCAGGUGGAGAACGGCGCCAUACCGAGCCGGACGCUGCGCACCGAGACGGUGCGAUGCGCCAACGACGGCGAGUACCUGGCCAAGUUGCACUGCCUGCGGCUGGCGUUCCAGCACCUGCUGCGCGACGCGCCCACCUACCGGUGGUUCGUCGACGCCGGCCGGCAGAUACUCGCCGAUCUGCUGCUCUACGCCGACAAGGACCCCAAGGAGUUUCUGAUCGGUUACGAGGAGAUGAUCAACUUCGCGAGGGAUCCGAACAGUUGGGACGACAUCAAAGAGGAGUUGAACGCCAGAGGUAUCAAGGCGCUGACGUUCUUCGACAUCGUCUUGGACUACAUCCUUUUGGACGCGUUCGAGGACCUCGAUAAUCCUCCGUCCUCCGUCAUGGCGGUCAUACAGAAUAGGUGGCUGUCGAAAGGUUUCAAGGAGACGGCGCUGACGACGGCGGUGUGGUCGGUGUUGAAGGCGAAACGUAGGAAAUUGAGGUUUCCCGACGGGUUCAUGGCGCAUUUCUACACCAUAUCGGAGCAACUGACGCCGCUGCUGGCGUGGGGUUUCCUCGGAUCCGACGAGAUGCUGCGGGAUUCCUGCGUGUAUUUCAAGGACCAGGUCGUCGGGUUCCUGGUGGAUAUAUUCAGUUUCCACAAGUGCAAGUACACGACGGUGGAGAAGCUGGCCGAGGACGUGUUCGCGUUGUUGAAGACGAGAGUGGAGAACGUUUGUCAAAGAUUGAGCGUGCAGUCCUGAACCGGCGGAUGCGGCUAGUAGAAAUUUUCGUUAUUAGAUGAUAAGAGGAUGCGGAGAGUUUUUGAUUGUUCUCUCUUAGUUUUGUCGAUGAUAAGCGUAAAAAUGUUCGAGUAUUAUUAGCUUUUUUUGUUUUAGUAUAGGCGAAUUUUUUUGUUUGUGUACAUAAUUUUUUAACGGUUCGUUUUCCUGAUAAUGUAUGAUUUACAAUAGGUGAAAAGCGCAAGAGAUUUUAAAGAUAGUUUUUAAGAUGCAAAAAAAACGUCUACAGUUAGACAUUCCUGUGAAUUUUAUGUAAAAUAACAACUUUGUAUAUUUUUUGUAAUUUGUAAUUGAUUUGUUAUUAAAAAACAACAAAAAAACCUAGUGAGAUCGCAAAUAAACCAAAUAUUAAAAUACUUCAAUAGUAGUAAACCGCACAUUUACAUUAAACGUUCUUUUAUUAAUU